AUGUUGAAAACUGAGUCUUCGGGUGAACGUACCACGCUCAGAAGUGCCUCUCCUCACAGGAAUGCAUAUAGAACUGAGUUCCAGGCAUUGAAAAGUACCUUUGACAAACCCAAGUCAGAUGGGGAACAGAAAACAAAAGAAGGUGAGGGCUCCCAGCAGAGCAGGGGGAGGAAAUAUGGCUCCAAUGUCAACAGAAUUAAAAACCUAUUUAUGCAGAUGGGUAUGGAACCCAGUGAGAAUGCUGCGGUCAUUGCCAAAACAAGGGGCAAGGGACCCUCAUCCCCUCAGAGGCGAAUGAAGCCCAGAGAGUUUCUGGAAAAAACAGAUGGCUCGGUUGUGAAGUUGGAGUCCUCUGUUUCAGAACGAAUUAGCAGAUUUGACACAAUGUACGAUGGCCCUUCAUAUUCUAAGUUCACAGAAACUCGCAAGAUGUUUGAGAGAAGUGUGCAUGAGUCAGGACAAAACAACCGCUAUUCCCCAAAGAAGGAGAAAGCUGGAGGGAGUGAACCUCAGGAUGAAUGGGGUGGUUCCAAGUCCAACCGAGGCAGUACUGAUUCCUUGGACAGUCUUAGCUCCCGGACCGAGGCUGUCUCCCCAACUGUGAGUCAACUGAGUGCAGUAUUUGAGAACACCGAUUCCCCCAGUGCCGUCACUUCCGAGAAGGCUGAGAACAACGAAUACUCAGUGACUGGGCAUUAUCCCCUGAAUUUACCAUCUGUUACCGUUACAAACCUUGACACCUUUGGACACCUGAAGGAUUCUAGUUCUUGGUCUCCUCCAAGCAAGCACAGUGACGAUGCAGAGGAUGCUCGGAAGAGUAGCACAAGCCCAGGGCUAGAGGUGGCUUCGAAAAGUACCUCUCUAGCGUCUGUGCGCGGUGAGGAGGCGCGGCAGAGCACGGCAGCCGAGGACCCCGCAUCUAACCAGGAGGCUCCCGACAGAACUGACAGACACACCCCUGAAGAACCUGGUGCUGAAAGCGAGGCAGUGCCAGAGCCUGAAAUCCCUUCACCACAGAACGAACCUUCAGAAGACGCAGAAGCUCGUUUGGUGGAGAGUGAGGCAGCAAUGCAACAGAAGAGAGAACUUGCACGUGGUGAUUUCACCUCUGCUGAUGUAUCUGGGUUCGCUUGUGAAAAGGAGGUAUUUGAAGAGCCGCAUCAUUUUGGCAGCUCCCAUGUUUACAUGCACAGUGACUAUAAUGUGUACAGGGUGAGAUCCAGGUAUAAUUCAGACUGGGGAGAGACAGGUACUGAGCAGGAGGAGCAGGAAGAUAGUGAUGAAAGCAGUUACUGUCAGCCUGAUGUGGAAUGCUCAGAGAUCGCUGGAUUGCCAGAAGAAGAGGACAUCCCGGCAAACAGGAAAAUUAAGUUUAGUAGUGCUCCGAUUAAGGUCUUCAGCACAUACUCCAAUGAAGACUAUGACAGGAGGAAUGAUGAAGUUGACCCUGUGGCUGCUUCGGCUGAGUAUGAACUUGAAAAACGUGUAGAAAAGCUGGAACUUUUCCCAGUGGAACUAGAAAAAGAUGAAGAUGGACUUGGCAUAAGUAUUAUUGGAAUGGGUGUUGGAGCAGAUGCAGGCCUUGAAAAGCUGGGGAUAUUUGUCAAGACAGUGACAGAAGGUGGUGCUGCUCAGCGAGAUGGCAGAAUACAAGUCAAUGACCAGAUUGUGGAAGUGGAUGGAAUCAGCUUGGUGGGUGUCACACAGAAUUUUGCUGCAACAGUUCUAAGAAACACCAAGGGCAAUGUCAGAUUUGUUAUUGGGCGAGAAAAACCUGGACAAGUGAGUGAGGUUGCCCAGUUGAUAAGCCAGACGCUGGAACAAGAAAGGCGCCAGAGAGAGCUGCUUGAACAGCACUAUGCCCAGUACGAUGCUGACGACGAUGAGAACACUGUGGCUGAAUUGCAAGGAGUGUCUGGCAACUGCAAUAACAAUAACAACUAUUUCCUAAAGACAGGAGAAUAUGCCACAGAUGAAGAGGAGGACGAGGUAGGGCCUGUUCUUCCUGGAGGCGACAUGGCCAUUGAGGUCUUUGAGCUGCCUGAGAACGAGGACGUGUUUUCCCCCUCAGACCUGGAUACAAGCAAGCUCAGUCACAAGUUCAAAGAGUUGCAAAUCAAACAUGCAGUUACAGAAGCAGAGAUUCAAAAAUUGAAGACCAAGCUGCAAGCUGCAGAAAAUGAGAAAGUGAGGUGGGAACUAGAAAAAACCCAACUUCAACAGAAUAUAGAAGAGAAUAAAGAAAGAAUGAUGAAGUUGGAGAGCUACUGGAUUGAGGCUCAAACGUUAUGCCACACAGUGAAUGAGCACCUCAAAGAGACUCAAAGCCAGUAUCAGGCCUUGGAAAAGAAGUACAACAAGGCAAAGAAAUUGAUCAAGGAUUUUCAACAAAAAGAACUUGAUUUCAUCAAAAGACAGGAAGCAGAAAGAAAGAAAAUAGAAGAUUUGGAAAAAGCUCAUCUCGUGGAAGUUCAAGGCUUGCAAGUACGGAUUAGAGAUUUGGAAGCUGAGGUGUUCAGGCUACUGAAGCAAAAUGGGACUCAAGUUAACAACAACAACAACAUCUUUGAGAGACGGACAUCUCUUGGUGAGGUCUCUAAAGGAGAUACCUUGGAGAACUUGGAUAUCAAGCAGACAUCUUGUCAAGAUGGCCUAAGUCAAGACUUCAAUGAAGCAGUCCCAGAGACAGAGCGCCUGGAUUCAAAAGCACUGAAAACUCGGGCCCAGCUUUCCUUGAAGAACAGACGCCAGCGACCGUCUAGGACAAGACUCUAUGAUAGUGUCAGCUCAACCGAUGGGGAGGACAGUCUGGAGCGAAAGCCUUCAAACAGUUUCUAUAACCACAUGCACAUUACCAAAUCACUUCUGCCCAAGGGUUUGAGAGCUUCUCCAGAAUCAGAUUCUGGUGCUUCAUCCCUCACUCCAGUGGCUGGCAGUGUGCCCUUCUCGCCUGACCACAUAGCUGAAUUUCAAGAAGGACCACUGUACUCAGAAGGGGAGCCUUCCUCCUCUGUUGGGGAAGACACUUCACUCUCCUCUCCUUCGAAAUCUGAUCAUGAUAUGGAAGAAUUGCCUUGCCACAAUCAAGCCACCACCACGAAAAUACUACAAGAAAAAGAUGGUGCCAAAGGUCCCAAGUCACUAAGGGCAUCCAGUUCAUUGGUGGUGCGAGGAGGAAAAAUCAAGCGGAAGUUCGUGAAUCUGGGGGCACCUUUGCGGAAGAAUUCCAACAAGGGAAAGAAAUGGAAAGAGAAGGAGAAAGAAGCCAAUAGGUUUUCUCCAGGUAGCAGGAUCUUCAGAUGCAGGCUGGAAACCUGGAAACCGGCGCCAUCCUCCACUGCUCAGGCCUCCACACGCUCAACUGGCCUGCCUUUCUCGUGGUUUAAUGAAAGCCGAAAAGGAUACUAUUCCUUCAGGAAUCUGCCUUCAUCUGCAAGCCCCCUUCAGCCUUCUCCUGAAGCUCUAAUUUCAGAUAAAAAGGGGUCUAAGAAUUUUGCCUUCAGUGACGAUUUCAGUCCUAGUAGCACCAGCUCAGCAGACCUGAGCGGCCUGGGAGCAGAGCCCAAAACGCCUGGACUCUCUCAGUCCUUGGUGCUCUCAUCCGAUGAGAGCCUGGAUAUGAUAGAUGACGAGAUCCUUGAUGACGGACAGUCUCCCAAACACAGUCAGUAUCCGAAUCGGGCCGUUCAUGAAUGGAGCGUGCAGCAGGUUUCUCACUGGCUCAUGAGCCUAAAUCUGGAGCAGUAUGUCUCUGAAUUCAGUGCCCAAAACAUCACUGGAGAGCAACUCCUGCAGUUGGAUGGAAAUAAACUUAAGGCUCUCGGAAUGACAUCAUCCCAGGACCGAGCCGUGGUCAAAAAAAAACUGAAGGAAAUGAAGGUGUCUCUAGAGAAGGCUCGGAAGGCCCAGGAGAAGAUGGAAAAACAAAGAGAGAAGCUGAGGAGGAAGGAACAAGAGCAAAUGCAGAGGAAGUCUAAGAAGACGGAGAAGAUGGCCGCGGCCACAGAGGGUGCUAGUGAGCAGUGACACGCACCGGGACGCUUCCACCUCCUCCUGCCCUGCUCUCCUCUGGAGGACAAAUAAGACACUGAUGACAAGUGUUACGUGCUCUAGGCAGACUGGGAAACCGUGUGCUCAAUAACUGCAAUUUUCUGCACCCAUAGAGUACACUGUUAAUCUUAACCUACUGAAAUAGUCCCAAGCCCCCUUUGGUUUAGUAACAAACCAAGGAUCUCAUUUGUGAGAGACGCAAAGUAGCAGUGUUUCUUUGUGUUGGGUGGGUGGUGUCACUUGAAGAACCAGCGUGACCCUGUCCGGCAAAAGCAUGCCACACCCUGGCGUUGUCAGUGCGGCGCCAUGCAUUUUCAGCACGGGGUACUGAAACUGAGCGUGGCUGGGAGCACUGCUCUGCCCUGAGAUCAGGGCUGCAGAAUCCGCUCGGAAAGGCCCCCAUCAAUGCUGGUGUCUGGACUGUGAGACAGCCCCACCGUGGAAAUGUGGGUGCUCUGCCGUGUAAUUACCGACUAUGGCUAAAAGCAGGCAAAUUGUCCUGUUUGCUAGGCAUCAGGAAGAGAGAAAAGAGUUACGCUUACUUGCUAACCCCAGAAGGAAGCAAAAGCCUUAAGAAUGUGGAUGUGGCUACUACUUUGGGGUUCUGAGGGUAACAUUUACCCUCCAGAUUUAGCCAAACAGAAAAGUUGGAGCAUUAAUGCAGCCAUGGGAUCCUGGGGUCUGUUGCUUCCUUUGCUGCUGCUGCCUGUUCAGUAUUUCAGCAGCACCGACACACACAACACAGUUCCUUUUCUCCCCCAACAAAUUGAACAGGACAUUGAUUUUUAAGGAAACCAGCGUCUUCAGGUUUCCUCUCCUGGGGAACACUCGGGCUGGUCUUCAGCCUGACUGUGACACAAUCAGGAACUCAUCACGUAUUUUCUACUCAAGAUUUCCCAAAUGGGCUCAGUUAGAGUUUUAACAAAGGUACUUUUAAGAAAAAUAGAAAUACCAGUUAAAGUUAGAUUUGACUAACAUUCAACCAGAAAAGCAAUUUUAUUGAGCACACAGAAUGUUCCCGUAAAGGAGAGCUGUCGGUUAUAUUUUAGAGAUGUUUUGAAUGGUUUUUCUGAGCCGGUCUCUUUCAUUCCUUGGAGAUUUCCACUUUACAGUAAAAGUGUGUUUAAGGUGGUAAACAUGAUGCAGUCUAGCAGUGCAGGCAGUUGUCCUUAUUUUAAAGCCAGUAUUAAGGAUUUCAGUGUUUCAUCAAACUAAUUCAGGUGCAGGAGAGAGGGGCAGAUGGAGGAGAAAAUGAACUCACCUCGAGAAAUUUCAAAUGAUGGAUUUUGUUGCUGCUGUUGUUGCUCUUUUGCUUUUUAUGCUCAAGUAUCUGGUUCUCUCAGCUGCAUUGGCUGCAAAAAUGAGGUCAUCCACUUUCCAGAGGACGAGUUUCCAAACAAGAGUUGAGGCCAGAUGAACUCCUGGACAAGUAUUUUACUUCCUUUUCUUCGGUUUCAGGGGGUCUUCGUCCUUAUCUUCCACUGGAAAAUGUUCUGUACACAGAGCUUAGGGAAAAGCUUUCAAAAGUUACAAGUAACAAGUUAUGUUAAAGGGGCUUCUUACCGUAUAGGCCAUCUCCUAUUUUGAACAUUGUGCUUUUUUAAUUUUUUUUCACUUGUCUGAAUAUUUGAAAUCUAAAAUUGUCUAAACUAGAAGUUUGUGAUCUUGUUCUUCCCUAAGGCUUGUUUCCUCUUCAGUAACAGAGUAUUGUCUGUUACGCUUCAGUCCCUUUGUCACCAGGUAGAGAGCAUCCAUUCGACCCUCAGAAACAUAAAGUAGCAUUGGUUUGAUAAUUAUCAAAGUCACUACCUAUUUUUCUUCUAUCUUCAUUUGGGGUAUGAUAAUGAAACUGCCAUACUGGAAUCUCUAUUAAUAUUUUGCGGUAUGUGGUGCUUUGUUAUUUAUUAAUGUCAUGAGAAACCAGGAACCACUAUCAAUUAACUACAAAAUUCAGCAAAUCGUUUUAAUACUAAAAGACUAAAUUAGUCAAAAUCUGGUAAUGGUAGUGCUUGCUGUUGUAAAUGUUUGUGAUUUUUGCUUAUCUUUGGGGAAAAAAAGUGAUCUGGAUCAUACUGGAAG